AUGGGUCUUAGGAGAUGCAUUCAUGGUUUAGAAGCAAAAGACGGAAAAGACAUUGAUCGUGAAUGUGACAAAGGAGAAGUGGUGAAGAAGGCGGGUGGUGCAGCUAUGAUAUUGAUGAAUCAAGAAGAAGAAGGAGUCAGCCUAAAUGCCGAUGAACACGUCCUCCCUGCAAAACAUGUGAGUUAUACAGCUGGAGAAAAGAUCAAAGCUUACAUUAACUCAACAGUAAUACCAAUGGCAGCUUUAUUGCUCAAAGGAACAAUAAUCGGAGAUCCUUUAGCUCCAUUUGUCGCUGCAUUGACCUAUUUGCUACGGGUUCGGGUUAUGUUAACCCAAAAAGCCAAUGAUCCUGGAUUGAUCUUUGAUAUCCAACCUGAUGAUUACAUACCCUACUUAUGUGGGCUUGGGUACAGUGAUGAACAAGUUGGGAUCAUUGCACAUGGGCCGAUUAAAUUCUCCUUUUACUUCACCAACUUUCCUGAAGAUUACAAAGAGGGGGAACUUUGGGAAGUUUUCAAACACUUCGGGAAAGUGAUUGACAUCUUUAUUGCAAAGAAAAUGAACCUAGCAAACAGGAAGUUUGGCUUUGUGAGAUUCAUGGGCGUUGACAAUGUCAGAAUCUUUGAGGUGAAGCUUAAUAGCAUUUGGCUUGGGUCACAUAAACUAAGAGUCAAUCUCGCCAAGUUUCAAAGGUCUCAAGGAACAACAACCAGUAAGGUAUUACAGGAAGGAAAACAUUACAAAAUCAAAAGUGUGGUAGUCAAGCCUCAAAAAUUAAAAAGCAUUGUUAUUCACAAGGAGAAGGAGAAGGGCUUGGAAGGAAAACCAUCGUUUGCUGAGGUUCUGAAAAAUAACAUGGCUUCAAGGUAUUGUGAUGUAGAAGAAGAAAGCAAACAAACUCACUACAAUCAAUCCAACCAGACACAUCAUGAGAUUAACGUACGUUUAUUUCCAACGAAGAAACGAGAAAGAAGCUCUCACAGAGCCUUCUUGGCCGGUGAAGUAAAAUCCUUUGACCUUCUCAAAAACUUCAAUAUGUUCAAGACAUCAGAAGGCUUUCACGACAUAUUCUUCUCUUAUAUUGUAGGUUUAAACAUUAUCCAGGAGUUUGAGAACCACUAA